CCCGCCGGGGUCGCAGCGCGGGAGGGCUGGCCAUGCACCUCUCGGUUCUGGCCGCGUUUUGUCUGUGGCUGCGCCUGGCGCUGGGCGUGCGGGGCGCGCCCUGCGAGGCGGUGCGCAUCCCCAUGUGCCGGCAUAUGCCUUGGAACCUCACGCGGAUGCCCAACCACCUGCACCACAGCACGCAGGAGAACGCUAUCCUGGCCAUCGAGCAGUAUGAGGAGCUGGUGGACGUGAACUGCAGCACCGUGCUGCGCUUCUUCCUCUGCGCCAUGUACGCACCCAUCUGCACCCUGGAGUUCCUGCACGACCCCAUCAAACCGUGCAAGUCGGUGUGUCAGCGCGCGCGCGACGACUGCGAGCCACUCAUGAAGAUGUACAACCACAGCUGGCCCGAGAGCCUGGCCUGCGAUGAGCUACCAGUCUACGACCGUGGCGUCUGCAUCUCCCCCGAGGCCAUCGUCACUGACCUCCCGGAAGACGUGAAGUGGAUAGACAUCACCCAAGACAUGAUGGUACAAGAAAGACCUCUUGAAGCUGACUGUAAACACCUAAGCCCCGAUAGGUGCAAGUGCAAAAAGGUGAAACCAACUCUGGCGACAUAUCUGAGUAAGAACUACAGCUAUGUUAUUCAUGCCAAAAUAAAAGCCGUGCAGAGAAGCGGCUGCAAUGAAGUAACUACUGUGGUGGAUGUGAAAGAGGUCUUCAAGUCCUCAUCACCCAUUCCUCGAACUCAAGUACUGCUCAUUACCAAUUCUUCCUGCCAGUGUCCACACAUUCUGCCCCAUCAGGACGUUCUCAUCAUGUGUUACGAGUGGCGCUCAAGGAUGAUGCUUCUUGAAAAUUGCUUAGUUGAAAAAUGGAGAGAUCAACUUAGUAAAAGAUCCGUCCAAUGGGAAGAGAGGCUGCAGGAACAUCAGAGAACAGUUCAGGAACAGCGGAAAACAGUUCAGGACAAGAAGCAAACAGCUGGACGCACCAGUCGUAGUAACCCACCAAAACCAAAGGGAAAGCCGCCUGCUCCCAAACCAGCCAGCCCCAAGAAGAACGUUAAUGCCAGGAGUGCCCCAAAGAGGACAAACCCGAAAAAAGUGUGAGCUGUGUUCUUUCCAGGAUGGAGAUUUCCUUAGAGGAUGAGGCCAGAUGUUGCCCGGGACAGCCUGUGUAAGGCCACCCACCACUCGCCUUAAAAACUCACUGCAAUACUCUUCAUAGACAUGUCUUGCAGCAUUUUUCUGAAUGAUAUGCUUCCAUUUUUCCUUUUAAGCCACCACAAACCAUAGGGGUAGGUUUGCACUUCAGUAUGGCAGAUGGAUUAAAGCUGGUUGAAAAAGCCUAUAGCAUUCAGAGUGGCAUGUGUGCAUACUCUGUGAAUCUCCGCGUGGGGAAAAUACGCUUUUGUUCUUUCAAUUUGCCCGGAUAUGUGCACUGUAAAAUAAAAACCCUAUUUCAAACAAAGCACCUACCUUUUUUUUUUUUUUUAACAAUAUGUUUUAUUUCAGGCGGACUUCUGUUGCUAGACUGUUAGUGAUAUUUUAAAAAUGUGAUG